UUUUUUCCCGUGGUUAUUUUAAUAAUAUUAUAUUUAAUUUUUAGUGCGAAAAGUAUUUGUGAUUACUUACGAUUUCGAUGUGUUGUAUAAAGCACAAACUAAAGAAAUACAAUUGAUUUUUGUAUUUUAAUCCUACGAACCAUUGCACAUGGUGUUUUUACUUCGGUCGUCGCUGCGCGGUUUGUUUACUAAUUCCAUCAGUAACAGACUGACAGCUAGAAACGUCAUCGAACCAUCAACUCCCCGUCACGGUCACCGUCAUCAGCAGUACCAAAAUGAGCUCAUCGUCGCCGGAAAGCGGGGACAUGUUGGAUUACUUGGCCUACAACUGCAGCAAGCUAUCAAACGAUCUGUGGGAAGCGUCCGGUCUGAACGAGAAACGGAAGCUUGUGGCAGAGUAUCUUAAAAAUGCCGAUCGAGAAAGCAAGAGUAUCAAGGACUUCAAAGAAGGAUUGGACUGGUUCAACGUUACGGAACCACUGUCCUUUGAUGGAAGCCUUCGAGGAAAGAUAGUAGUGUUGGAUUUUUUCACGUACUGCUGCAUCAAUUGUAUGCAUAUCCUACCGGAUCUGAAGCGAUUGGAGCAUCUGUAUUCAGUUGAGGAUGGUUUGGUGGUGAUUGGUGUCCAUAGCGCCAAGUUUGAAAACGAAAAAGAUUCGGCAAAUAUUUUGUCUGCUGUACAACGAUAUGAGAUUAGCCACCCCGUAGUCAAUGACAAUGUUGCCUCAAUGUGGAGGAACCUACGGGUACAAUGUUGGCCAACGCUCAUGAUUCUUGGUCCACGAGCCAAUCCCAUUUUCGUGAUCAUGGGAGAAGGACACUUUGAUGAUCUGAAGCUGUAUGUGAGCUCGGCGAUUAAGUUCUACAAGGAGAAAGAAGCUAUUCUGAAUCACACACUUCCGAUUAACAUCGCAACGAACCUCAUCGAAACCAGUCAUUUGCAAUUUCCUGGCAAGAUAUGUAGCUCCUAUCGCGGUGGCGAUAAUACAGAUAACGCUCUGUAUGCCAUCUCCGAUUCAGGCAAUCAUCGAAUCUUGGUAGUAGAUGGCGACGGUCUGAUACUUCAUCGAAUCGGUGGAAAACGAGCGGGAUUUGUGGAUGGUGAUUUCCGAAAAGCUCGUUUCAAUGCUCCCCAAGGUGUAGCUUUUCAAAGUGAUGACAUUAUCUUUGUAGCUGACAACGAAAAUCAUGCAAUACGCAAGAUUGAUUUGAAAAGCCAACAGGUGACGACCGUAGUAGGGAAUGGAAUGCAAGGUUGCGAUCGAAUUGGCGGCAAAGUUGGUCGUGAUCAGAUAAUUUCCUCGCCAUGGGAUGUGGCCGUGUAUCGUACUAAAGAUUUGGACAUGUCGUUCCAUGCGGAUGAAUCGAAGACCCCGCUCAAAGACGUUGUACUGAUUGCGAUGGCGGGCAUCCAUCAGAUUUGGGCUCUGUUCCUGGAGGAUACCAUUUGGUGGAAGUUUAAGAAAUACUCAGCUGGAAGUUGUUUGGCCAUUGCUGGCAAUGGAAGGGAAGAGAACCGAAACAAUUCCUAUCCAAACAAUGCUGCAUUUUCACAACCCUCCGGAUUGUCGAUCAAUAAGGAAGCAAAGGAGAUAUAUUUGGCAGAUAGCGAGAGUUCUUCGAUCCGUAAAAUGUCGUUGAGCGAUGGAAAAGUGCUGGCUGUUGCCGGAGGAGAUCGCAACCCUUUGGAUCUAUUUUCCUUCGGUGACGUGGAUGGAAAACAAUACUCAGCCAAGUUCCAACAUCCCUUGGGUGUGGCCUACAACUCAAAGGAUAAUUGUAUCUACGUAACCGAUACGUACAAUCACAAAAUCAAGAAAAUAAACGCAACCACGAAUGUCGCAACGACUUGCUGCUUUCAGGAUGAGAGUGGAUCCAAUAAAUUGUUCAACGAACCAGCCGGUCUCUGUUUGGACCCCACGAAUCGAUUCCUCUACAUUGCCGAUACCAACAAUCAUCUGAUCAUGGUUGCUGAUUUGUCCGAUAAUAGCAUCCGUCCGUUGAAGGUGCGCUUCAGCAAAACUGAAACCGACCAUUUGGACAAUCCAGGGGAAAUUUACCCCUUCGAAAAUACCUUCAAAGUUCUGCCAGAUGGUGGCAAAGUCUUGCUAAAUCUGGAGUUCGGAUAUUUGGAAUCAAAUGUAAAACUAACACAGGGAGCCCCGCAAAAGUGGUCCUUGACGCUUCCAUCGGAUAAAUGGCGCUGCGAUACGCUGAACGGCUCCAUUAGCUCGCUCAACGAUGGACUUAGUUUAACGCUGAUUGCCCCGAAAGGAAGUGAGCAGCAGAAACCUAUCCAGGGCAUGGUCAACUUCAAGCUGAACCUCUGCGCCAACGACGUGUGCUUCCCGAAGGAGUUUGCAGUAGGCUUGAAUUUUGCCUACGAUGUCACCGGAGGUUCCAGCGUAAAGGGAAGUUUGAUGGUGCAGAUUGGACGCAAAAACGUAGUCGUGUCCAAAGAGUAAUAGGAACGAAUGGAUUCACUGUUAACUGAACUUGCAGGCAGCACAAUCAUUCUACUACAUUGUGUACUAGGGACAUGCAUUUUUGUUUUUGGUUUUGUUUUUUUUUACACCUAGUACGUAACUAAUUCUGUUAUCUUAGGGCUUAACACAUACACUGGUGACGCAUUCGCUAAGGUAAUAUAGGACUUGAAAACUGGAUUAACUUUUUUAUAAAAUAAUUACUGUAUAACAUAACUGAAUCAAAAUAUACACAUUAAUGCAAGCAUGAA